CGUCUCUAUGGUUCAACCCAAGGUGCAAGGGGUGUGUUACAACGCGUGAGAGACUAGGCGGCCUGCAUCCGGCAGCCGCGGUGCAUUGUGGUAGAGGCGUCGUUGGGAGUUUGUGCUUCGCGCCUGAGCCGAGCGGAACGAGUCGCCAUGUCUCAUACAAUUCUCCUUGUUCAGCCUACCAAACGACCUGAAGGCAGGACUUAUGCAGAUUAUGAAUCUGUAAAUGAAUGUAUGGAAGGAGUCUGUAAAAUGUAUGAAGAACACCUGAAGAGAAUGAAUCCUAACAGCCCUUCCAUUACAUAUGAUAUUAGCCAGUUAUUUGAUUUCAUCGAUGAUUUGGCUGACCUUAGCUGCCUUGUCUAUCGUGCCGAUACUCAGACAUACCAGCCGUACAAUAAAGAUUGGAUAAAGGAGAAGAUCUAUGUUCUUCUCCGCAGACAAGCUCAGCAAGCAAGCAAAUAAUGGGGCACUGAGGGAGGGGCAUGUACAGCAUUCUGUAGUGAAAGUCUUGUAUUGUAGUCCACUGUUCAUUCUUAUAAGCCUAUGACUAGGACUGAGUCAGUUAGAACUGUAAGAGACUUGUUCAUUUCCAGAAGAAAAUGUCUUUUACAUGAGUUUAGUUUUUAAUUUUUCACUUUACUUAGUUUUAUUUUGUUCAGGGUCCUCAAGAUUAUUCACAUCUCCUUCACCAUCGUUGCUAUAUGUACUCCUCAGAAAAGGGGAGAUCAAUAGUAUUACUUGGAGGCAGUGAAAAAUCAUAGCGAACAAUAAAAUAAAUGCUCUUUAGUUAAA